AUGGAUGCACUGGAUUCAAUUUUCAAUCCAUUGAGAGAAUUCUCGAAGAACAUCAUUCGUCUCGUCAAAAGAUGUCACAAGCCAGAUCGUAAAGAAUUCACCAAGGUGGCAAUUUGUACAACUACAGGUUUCGUGGUGAUAGGAUUCGUUGGAUUCUUCAUCAAACUGAUAUUCAUCUCUAUUAACAACAUCAUCGUAGAAUUGGUGGACUUGGGUGGCGAUGUGGUGGUGUUUUCUACGAUAGGUUGA